AUGCCACGGAUAUUAACAUCACAGCUGGUGCCUGCCUAUACGGGCACAUUGCCGCUACCGUUUGGUUGUGGUCUAGAAGCUGCUGGUAUUGUAUCAGCUAUUGGGUCGAUUGCAUUGGAGCAGGUUGGGGAGAUGAAGUCCAUUGAGGCGGUGUUUGUAUCAGCUGCUGCUGGAGGAACGGGUCAGUACGUCGUGCAGCUUGCAAAACUCGCAGGUAAUCACGUGAUCGGCACGUGUAGCUCGGAUGAAAAGGUGGAAGAUUUGAAAAAAAUUGGUUGUGACCGUGCAAUCAACUAUAUGAAGGAGGAUGUUGAUGCUGUGCUGAAGAAGGAGUACCCGAACGGCGUAGACCUUGUGUUUGAGACUGUGAGGGUGACAUCCAGUGUACGUGGCUUCUUUUUGCAAAACCAUGCCAAGUUGAUCCCUUUACAUAUUGAACGUCUCCUGAAGCUAAUGGCGGAGGGAAAGCUGAACCCUGGCAUUGACCCGACUGAGUUUCGUGGUCUAGAAAGUAUUCCGGACGUGGUUGAUUACAUGUAUGCUCGCAAGAACAGUGGCAAGCUUAUCGUUCAAUUAAACUAA